AACAUGAGAGACGAGGUGAAGAUGGACGCGAAUCGGCUAAUCGCCGAAGUUUAUAAGCGGCCAGCGCUUUGGAACCAAAGGCAUAUCUCUUAUCACAAUCGCGAAGUGACAAACCGCGUUUGGAUGGAGAUUGCAUCGAUAUUCAAGUUGCCUAAACCAGUAUUAAAAGCAAAGUGGAAAGGUUUACGAGACACUUUCCGAGCAGAAUUGAAAAAGGAUCGAGUAUACCGUAAAAGUAAAUUUCAUCGAAAUAGGCCGGUAUGGAUCCAUUUUAAAAGCUUACAGUUCUUAAAAGAGCAAAUGUUACCCCGUCCCCCAAUUUGGGAACGAAGUGGUUCUUGUCAGGACGAUGAUCGAAUAACCAGCGAGGGUGAGACCGAUGGAGUGUUGCUGCAAAAUGGAUCAUCGUUAACAAGUAGAAAGGCGGAGGAUCGAGGUACAAUUUCAAGUCAUUUACUGUCGAUUAAUAGCGAUAACGGAUUGAAAAUCGACAGUGUUAAUCACAUAGACGUGAAACAAGAGCCUGAAGAGAAUUUCGACAAUCUCGAGUUUCAAAGUGUUUCUGACAACCUGACGGAAAACGAAAUGAUGUUGCAAAACAUCUCACCUGAACAAGUGUUGAUGGGCGACCAUGACACUGGCAUUGGUCUCACGGUAGACCCCUUGGAGGGCAACCGUUUUGAUGAUAAUUACUAUUUCCUCAUGAGUCUCCUACCCCAUAUAAGAACAUUGCCCGCCGAUAGAAGAAUGUUGCUCAGGAUGCAAAUGCAGGAACUGGUUUACAAAGAGGUUUACAAGAAAAUUCCCGAGAGUGUUGCCACACAGUAA